UGACGUCACAUUCCGGAAGCGUUGCUAUGGCGCCCAGCGCCCUCAGCGGCCUGGUCGCUGCGUUGGAGACCCACCGGGGCCGCGACCGGGCGGUCCGUGCUCUCUGCUAUGGCUGUCAGCUGGCGGGCGGGGCGCUGGCCGGGCCGCAGGCCUCCCCGUCCGGCCUGCCCGGGAGCCUGUUGGCCGUGUCCGCCGAGCUGAGCGCCUGCCGCACGGUGCUGCGCCUCUUCGAUGACCUCGCCAUGCUCCGCUACAGCUGCGGCUACGGGCUGGGCCCCAAGGACGAGGACGGGCUGGUGCGGGCGCUGUCGGUGCUCUGCAACGUGGCCAACCAGCUGUACUACCCCUGCGAGCACGUCGCGUGGGCCGCCGACGCCGGCAUCAUCCGUGCCCGUGCUCAGAAGUGGUGGACCCUGAGCAUGGGGCUCUGGGCAUUGUCCCUGCUCCUUGGUAUCCUGCGAUCCCUCAGAAUCUUGUGCCAGUUAAGAAAGCUGAGGCAGCACAAGGGGACACCUUCGCCUCAGAGUCGGAAGGAAGCGAAAGCCCAAGUGAAGGCUGAAGUUCUGAGCAUCCUUGCACAAGGGGCAGAUCUCUCCAACGCAAUCCAUUGGCUGCCUCCAGGAUUUCUGUGGGCUGGAAGGUUUCCUCCAUGGUUAGUUGGUCUCCUGGGGACUGUAUCUUCCCUGAUAGGUAUCUACCAAGCCUCUAGAGGAGGGAAUUCUGAAGCUGCCUAAACCAUCAUUAAGCUUCAGGAGCCCAAUUUUUACCUGGUGAAGAUGCCUUUAGUGAGGCAGGGUGCACUUUAACUCUCCUGGGAGGCAGUGAUUGAUUUCAUCCAUCCUGUAAGUGGGACUGUAAUCAAGAUGUCUAUUACAGAGGGGGUUGUUUGCAGCUAAUGAUUGUUACUGCUCUAUUGAGAAAUCUUUCAGGUGAAUCCUCUGACAAAUCAAAAAAUCUAUGAUUGAUAAAAUAGGGA